AUGAUUGUUGUGCAGACUGUGAUACUUCGAAAGUUGAAUGUCUUUGGUAUUAACGCAAAUAAACUGAGCGAAAUCAUUCGAGAUAAUCCUGGCAUUCUGGACUGCGUGAAAGAAGGAAUCGGCAGAGUUGUAGGCAUGGGAGUACCCCAUAGCAAGCGUCUCCUUCCUCUGAUGGUCUUGACAUUUCCAACUGCUCUACAUGGAGUUCUUCACUACAUCAUCAGUUCCAUUGUCCAGAAGCUUGUUUUGUUUGUUCUAAAAAGGUAUAAUUCCCACAACCUUCCAACUGAGAGCUCCACUUCUGUGCAGAGCAUGCUGGAUGCAUAUUUUCCUGAACUUAUUGCUAGCUUUGCUGCUAGCCUUUGUGCUGACGUCAUGCUUUACCCACUGGAAACCGUUUUGCACCGUCUUCAUAUUCAAGGAACACGCACAAUAAUUGACAAUACAGACCUUUGCUAUGAAGUGCUUCCAAUCAAUACUCAGUAUGAGGGAAUGAAAGACUGCAUAAAUACUAUAAAACGGGAAGAAGGAAUGCUAGGUUUUUAUAAAGGAUUUGGAGCUGUUAUAGUACAGUACACCUUGCAUGUGGCAGUUUUACAGCUCACCAAAAUUAUUUACUCAACACUGCUGCAAAACAUUUCCUAA